AUGGCAUAUUUGGGUCGAGCAGAUCAACUUUCCAAGGAGGAAAUCGAUGAGUAUCGGGCAGCAUUCCAACUCUUUGACAAGAAUGGCGAUGGGAACAUUUCGGCCAAAGAGCUCGGUGUUGUUUUGCGCUCGUUUGGUAUGAACCCAAGUGACGCUGAACUUCAGGAUAUGGUCAACGACGUGGAUGCUGAUGGCAACGGCACUAUUGAUUUUGAAGAAUUCCUCGGUCUGGUCAAGAAUCUCAAAUCAGAUAACGAAGCGGAUGAUCUCAAGGAAGCAUUCAAGGUGUUUGAUGCUGAUGGUAACGGCUUGAUCGAUCGUGAAGAGUUGAAGCGUGUCAUGGCUUCUUUGAAUGAAGAGCUCUCCGAAGAAGAUUUAUCAGCCAUGAUCAAUGAAGCCGAUACCGACAAGGAUGGCCAGAUCAGCUUUGAAGAAUUUAAGGCCAUGAUGGGUGCAAAGUAA